CUCUGGGAAAUUCAGAAAAAUAUGUAUGACUUUGAGUGUCAGUGGAGAGACGAUGAAAGAAAUUACAAAGGAAUGCCUGUAAUCUGCAACAAAAAUCUCACUGAUGGAAGAGAUCGACAUGGUAGAGGGGGUGCAGGAAUGAAGCCCUGUGGAAAUAGGCUUGGAUUAAACUUCCAGGAUAAACUGCAGAUAUUUCAGACUGAUGGGAUAAUUUCUGAAUGUGAUGUAGUUGAGAGGUCUGUCAACAAUUGUUUCUCAUUUUCACCACUUCAAAGAAUUCCUCCUAGUGUCCAAACCAAUGUUUCUAAUAUAUAUGGGAAUGAUUUUGUGCAUCCUUCAGUGAUGACGCAAAACCUUAAAGCACACAGGGAAAGACCUUGCAAAUGUAAUGAGUGUGGGAAAGCCUUUCUUAAGGGCUCACACCUCAUUAAACAUCAGACCAUCCACACAGGAGAGAGAUUACAUAAAUGUGACAUAUGUGACAAAUUCUUUGGUCGAAGUUCACAGCUUGCAUGUCAUCAUAAAAUUCAUCCUGGAGAGAAAUGUUACAAAUGUAAGGCGUGUGGCAAAACCUUUAACAAUGGCUCCACCCUUGCCAGACAUCAGAUAAUCCACCCAGGAGCAAACUUGCAUAAAUGUGAUGUAUGUGGUAAAAUCUUUGGUCAAAAUUCAUACCUUGUACGUCAUCAGAAUAUUCAUGCUGGAAAGAGAAGUCACCAGUGUAAUGAGUGUGGUAAAACCUUUACUGACAGCUCAAACCUCAGUAGACAUCAGAAAAUUCACACAGGAAAGAAAUUAUAUAAAUGUGAUACAUGUGGCAAAGUUUUUAGCCGAAAUGCACACCUUGCUGGUCAUCGGAGGAUUCAUACUGGAGAGAAACCUUAUAAAUGUAAUGAGUGUGGGAAGCUCUUUAGUCAGAAUUCACAUUUCAUAAGUCAUAAGAGAUUUCAUACUGGAGAGAAACCUUACAAAUGCAGUGAGUGUGGCAAGGCCUUUAGUGAGAAGGCAGUCCUUUUAAGUCAUAAGAGAAUUCAUACUGGUGAGAAACCUUACAAAUGUGAUGAGUGUGGAAAGGUCUUUAGUCAAAAAUCACAUCUUCGACUUCAUUGGAGAAUUCAUACUGGAGAGAAACCUUUCAAAUGUAAUGAGUGUGGCAAGGUCUUCAGUCGAAAUUCACACCUUACAAGUCAUCGGAGAGUACAUAUAGAGAAACCUUUCAAAUGUUUUGAGUGUGGGAAAGCCUUUACUCAGGUCUCAACCCUCGCUACACAUCAGAAAACCCAUACCUGA